GAUGAAGCGCGGUGCAUUUGUCGUAGUCGCGGCGCUGUCCAGCGGACUGACCCUGUGGCUGUGCAUGGUAUUGUACUAUCACUACAGCGUACAAGCCUGCGGUGCAGCGAGGUGGGCAUCCAAGGCAGCACAGAGCAGUACGAGAGCAGUCGUUGUCAGUGAUGCCCACUUGCUGGGACACCGCAAGAGGCGCGGAGUCGAGCGUUUGUGGGUUGACUGGCAAGCGUGGCUGUCGUUCUCGACGAUCGUGUCGAGGAAGCAGCCAGAUUUGAUUGUGUACUUGGGUGACCAACUGGAUGAAGGCACGGCCGCGACGUCGGAUGACGUUCACGAGACCUACACGACUCGGUUUCGGCAAGUUUUCGACCCUAACGUUGCUCAGAGCUUGUACUUGCUGGGGAACCACGACGCAUCCUUUGGCAAUGGCCUCACCAAACAGUUGAUCGGUCGUCAUGAAGAAGCGUUCGGACCUUCCAACCGCAUCGUGAAUGUGAACAACGUGCUAUUUCUCCAACUCAACACGAUGGCCAUGGAAUCCGAUGUGAUCGACCACAAAGUCUAUCACGACGCCAUGGCGUUCUUGGACAGCGUCGAAGCAAAGCGUCGCAGUACAGGCUACCCGCCACUGGUCCUGCUGACGCACUUGCCUCUCUAUCGCCCAGAUGACCUUGAAUGCGGGGCUGAGCGCGCGGCCGAAGCUGGCCACAUUACCUACGAAGCUCCCGAUUUCAAGUACACUGAGCGCCAUCAUGUCCUGUCGAAAGCGCUAUCGCAGCGACUCCUCGAGUCGAUCCGUCCCCGCCUCGUGCUGUCUGGCCACAGCCAUGCGGGAUGCGCCUACCAGCAUCGCGUCCAGUAUCAACCCCAACUCGUGGACGAAGUCACAGUCCCGACGUUCUCAUGGGGCAUGCGACCAGACCCGUCGUACGUCUCGAGUCGCCUCCGAUGGCUCAAGUGGAUGGAUGCUGUAGCUUUGCCCUUGUGACCCUGAGCGACGACAUCCACUCAUUAUUGACCAACAAAGAACACCCGUCCAAAGGCAUCCACGUGGUAAUGUGCCGCCUCCCGAGAGAAUCCCACGUCAUCGCUAUCCUCGUCUUUGCUGGCAUCAUGCACGCGGCGAUUGCAUGUUGCUUGUAUCGGUAUCUGUGGACAUCGUCUGAGGCCCAUCGGAAAGACUAGCACCACGUUCUGUUUCCAGCGUGGUGUCGAAUAAAUCAUCCAAGUGUGGGCAUUCUUUCGUGUUCACUCGGC